UCGGUCUUAUUUUCUCAAAAUGGGUAUAAUCAUCGUUUGAAUUCGGUGAUGUUGAGAUGAUUUUUUCACAGAAUACCACCUGUGAAGAUUUCAUCUUAAAUGAAACCCACCGAAGUCUUUUUAUUGAUGAUGCAUCUUAUAUACCAUUUUACAAUGAACAUUUAGGUCAAUCUUCUCUUAACAGAUUGUAUCUUCCAUCAGAUCUGACUGAUAUUUCUAAUCAUCAUCAACUAAACCAUAUACCAUCGACCCCAAAACAAACUCAAGAUUCCUUCAAUCAAAAUUUACUUAUCACCCAAAAUCAUCUGGUUUUCAACUCUCCCUCGUAUGGAAUUCCAUCAGAUUAUUCAUUCGUGAAUAUCGAUACUUACGAGGAAUCUAUGAAUAACGUAACCAACAAAAAUAGUAUCUCUACAAAUCCUGAAGCUCUUGAUCAAAUGAUAGGUGAACCUCAAUCAUUUGAUAUGCCAGUGCCAGAGGAUAUCAAAAACACAACCAGUGAAAUCAUGAAUCAGGGUAAAGGUCAAAAGAUGGUAAGAACUCAUCAAAAAAAGAAUAAAAAAAUAGUGCAGACAAGCAAUCAUUCGAAGAAAAGUAACAUCAUCAAAGGAAAAUGGGGAAAAUCUGAAGAUAUGAAAUUGAACCAAAUGGUGGAGCAAUAUGACGGGAUCAUCAAAUGGGCAUCAAUUGCCAAAAAUCUCAAAGGACGAACAGGAAAACAAUGCAGAGAGAGGUGGCACAACCAUCUUCGUCCUGGCAUUAAGAAAACAGCUUGGACUAAAGAAGAAGAUCAAAUAUUGGUUGCAGUACACAAGGUAGUUGGUACCAAAUGGUACAGUAUCUCACAACACCUCCCAGGAAGGACGGAAAACAAUAUUAAGAACCGCUGGAACGCUACAAAGCGCCGGGUGCAAAAUCAAAGUGGUGAAAACUCCAACCUUGCUGAUAAUAAUGUCCUCGAAAAUUACAUAAGGUAUAUCACAAUCAAUAACGAUAAUCUUUCCAAGACCAGUGAGGAUGUGAAUUUGAACAUGGACGUUGGCACACAGACCAAUGAACCAUUAGUCAAUGCAUCUACAACAUCAUAUUAUGUUCCAAUGCCAGAAAAUUUUACAUGGGAGAAUUAUGCUAGAGAGUUUUGAAAAUCAAUAAAUUACAUU